AGAUCGACCGUGAUUCGUCGAACUUAAGGUCAACGCGUGACGCUACACCAAACAUGUAGGCCGGAGCGGAGCUUUACACCUGUACUUAUUUUUGACCUGUUUACCGAUUUUUUUUCUUCUUUUUAGUCUCCUGUUUAAUCAUUAGUUCCUGUAUGGGACUCGUAGACGGAAUGAAACUGUCUCAAAUUAUUAUAAAACUUUGCUUCGUGUUGAUUCUUCCGACUUCAAACGGUUUUGUAAAAAGAUGUUACACCUGCCGUUCUAGAGGUGAAAAGGGAGAUUGUAAAGAUCCUUUUCCUCACAAUGCCACAACUGUCGAAAACAUACGUGGUGUGGAAGCAUCUCCUUGCGCGAGUGGAUGGUGUGCCAAAGUUAUAGAAGGGCAAGUACAGGAUUUUGAUGCCGCUACCGAACGAAUGUGUAUCCAACGUCCUCCAGUUGAUAGUGAAGAGCGAUGUGCCGAGACAUUUUAUAAAAAACGAAGAGUAUUUAUGUGUUUCUGUCAAGGAGAUCUUUGCAAUGGAUCUACUAAACAGUUAACGAAUUGUUUUCUUUCGGUAUUAUCGCUAAUCUUGUACUCAUUUACGAUAUCCCGCAUAGGCCUAUAGCAAAGAUUACAAAAGAUCACAUAAAUUUCUCAAAGUUAUACCGAAAACAACGAAAAAAAUAAAUAAAUAAUAAAUAAUGUAGUAUGUAGGUUACUAUGUUAUCAAAGAUUGCUGGAUAUUUUUACUUUUAAAACUAUGUAGGCGUUUAGGUGACAAGCAGCCAAUGACACAAUCUGUUUAAUGUAAAACGAACUAUGUUAUUGGCUCCUAGACGAUCCAUAUUUAUAAAAUUUGUUCUCAUUUUAUACCAGUAGAAGAAUAUAUUCUUUAUGUUAUACUUUAAAUUAGUUUUUUUAAAUUUAAUUUUAACUCCUUCCUUCCUUCAGGCACUAACAGGCUUUAUAUUUAACAUAUCCAUCACAUGUCCGGCCUGGUCUACAUUUAGGUGUAGCUGGGCAUUGAGAGGACCUAUCGGGUCACUUCCUAUAUAAACUUAAUAUUAAUUUGAUGCUUAAUGUUUAAAUUUACCUGUAGAAUAUUGAAUAUUGAAUCUAUUCUACAAUACAAUAUAUACUGUGGCAGUUUAACGACGUAAUUGCGGCAAUUUAUUUUAUAAUUUUCCACAGAGUACGUUGGUCUCGUGUUUGAUUAUAAAUUUAUCAUUCUUAAAAGAAAUAAUAGAGAGA